AUGGCUCCUGACACACUCUCCCUCGCUGGUAAGGUUGCCAUUGUGACCGGCUCUGGGCGUGAGAAUGGAAUUGGUGCUGCCAUUGCUCUCGCCCUCGCCCGUAACGGAGCGAGUGUAACAAUCAACCACGUCUCUGACUCUGUCGCAACGCGAGCCGCCGGUGUCGCUAAGAAAGUUGAAGAGGUGGGAGGGAGGGCGACCGUGGUCCAAGCCAACAUUUCAACCCCCGAGGGGGCGGCUAAGCUCGUCAAUGCUACCCUUGAGGCCUUCAAAACCGGCAAAAUUGACAUUUUAGUGAACAAUGCCGCUGCUGGUAUGGCCACUCCACUAUUGAAAGAGACCAAAGAAGGCAUCGACACAUUGAUGGGGACAGCGCUGUAUGGCCCCAUCUUCAUGAUCCAGCAGGUGGUCCCCAAGAUGCCACGAGGCGGGCGCAUUGUCAACAUAGGCUCCAUCUCCUCAAAACUAGGUACUCCUGCGAGCCCGCUAUAUGCCGCCGGGAAGGCAUCCCUCGACACCCUCUCAUUUGCCGUGUCUAUGCAGCUGGGGCGAGAGUUCGGUAUCACAAUCAACACCGUCAUGCCUGGGCCAGUCAAAACAGAGUGUUUGCCGCCGCAUAUACAGGAGGCCAUCCACAGUCAUUUGAUCCCUAUGACGCGGGCCGAGGAGAGAGCAGGUCGAGCAGAAGACAUUGCCGACGCAGUACUACUCCUCACAUCUGAGUUGAGCCGAUGGGUUACAGGCCAAACAAUCUCAGUCAGCGGAGGUAUUACUGGAAACUAA